AUGGCGCCCUUUGAAGUAGACUGGUCUGAGCUUCCAAUGGAACUCUUAGGUUCAGUCCUACAACGUCUCUCCAACGUCGAUAUCAUCCGUUUUGGUGCUCUCGGCACCUCAUGGUACUCUGCUGCUUCUGAUAAAUCAUACUCAUCAGCGCCUCAACUUCCAUGGCUGAUGCUCCCUUACAAAGUAGGCCAUGAAGGAAAAGAAACCCGCAAAUUCUGCCAUGCUCUUCUCAUGAACCCUUUUUCUGGUGCCAUAAUCCAUCUCCCACCUACUGAAACGUUCCCUGAUGUUUUAAGCGUUAACAGGUCUAAACCAUCUGGUGAAAUCGAUAGUUACACGAUUCGCCGACGUGAGCCUGAUCGUGAAUAUUCAAUCUCUGCUGCCAGAUUAAGGGUUGCACUUAUGAGUAAGGCCAUUGUUACUGCAGAUCCUUUGAUUGAUGACAAUUACAUGGUCGGGGCAAUUGGGUUCUCUGGAUUGGCUUUCUGUAAACCAGGAGCUGAUUCAUGGACCCAAUUAGAUCGAACAAACUUGCGGAACAGUUUUGAAGAUGUUUUGUAUUUUAAUGGGCUGUUAUAUGUGCUUCAUCGUAGAGGAGAUAUUGUGGCUUGGGAUGUCAUUGACCUUCCUCUUAAUGAGUCAACAAAGGUUGCCCAUCCAUGUAGGAUGUUUUUACUUAGACCUCCCCAGCCAAUUGCGAAUUGGUUUGUUAGGAAAAGGUAUUUGGUGGAAUCCUCAGGGGAUCUGUUGCAAGUUCUUCUUUGGUUUCGAGAGAAGUGGGGACGGCAUAAUGUUUUUGAUUCAGCUUCAUGUAGUGUUUGCAGGUUUGAUCAGAGUAGCAACACUUGGGUUUGA